GUGUUCUUUACGAUUGUUAUAAUGAAAAAACAAAUCGAAAACAAACAGGAUCAACUUAACAUAUAUCUUUAUGAAAAAGGCGCUAUGAUUAGAAAUUUUGUUGGAAUACUAAUCCGUAGAAAAUAUUGCUCUUAUGCAAGUGCAGAUAUGGUGAAAGUAUUGAACGUUGCAGAGAAAAAUGACGCUGCAAAAACUAUUGCGAAUGUCAUAUCAAGAGGGAGUGCAAGAAAGAGAGAGGGGUUUUCAAAGUUCAACAAGAUAUAUGAAUUUAAUUACAACAUAUUAAACAAGAAUUGUUUGAUGAUGAUGACCUCCGUGAGUGGACAUUUGUUGGAGAUGGACUUCGUUGGACAAUAUAACAAAUGGUAUUCCUGUAGUCCAUUGUCCUUAUUUGACCUUCCCAUUGAGAAAAAAUGUCCAGAUAAAUUUGCAGAUAUAAAGAGAACGCUGGAGAGGGAGGUUAGACAGAGUCAGUACCUCAUCAUCUGGACGGAUUGUGACAGGGAGGGGGAAAACAUCGGCCAUGAAGUCAUCCAAGUGUGUAAAGCAGUGAAUCCUAACAUACCUGUAUACAGAGCAAGAUUUUCUGAAAUUACCCCACAGGCUGUUGCCAGAGCCUGCAGUAACCUGGUUCCUCCGGAUCAGAGAACCAGUGAUGCUGUGGACGUCCGACAAGAACUUGACUUGAGGAUUGGUGCUGCUUUCACCAGAUUCCAGACGAUGAGACUCCAGAAAAUAUUCCCGGAGGCAUUGGCAGAUAAGUUGAUCAGUUAUGGCAGCUGUCAAUUUCCUACACUUGGCUUUGUAGUGGAGCGAUACAAGCAGGUCCAAGCUUUUAUCCCAGAGCCUUUCUGGAAAAUAAAAGUGACACACAUGUUUGAUGAAGAAACAAAGUGUGAGUUCUCUUGGAAAAGAAACCGUUUGUUUGAUCACAAUGCCUGUCUGAUCCUGUAUGAACAAUGUGUAGAGAAUCCCCAAGCCACAGUGAUGGAAGUGAAAUGUAAACCAAAGAGCAAGUGGAGACCAACUCCAUUAGACACGGUGGAAAUGGAGAAGCUGGCCUCUAGAAAGCUACGCCUGAGCGCCAAGGAAACCAUGAGAAUUGCAGAGAAUCUGUACACCAAGGGGUUCAUUAGCUAUCCCCGAACAGAAACCAACAUCUUUCCCAAAGACCUGGACCUAGCAGCCCUUGUACAGGAACAAAGUCGUGAUCCAAACUGGGGAGGUUUUGCUAGUGGGAUAUUGCAGGACAGACCAAAUCCCAGGAAUGGAAACAAGUCAGACCAGGCCCAUCCACCCAUACACCCCAUCAAGUACACCGCUACUCUACAGGGAAAUGAUGCCAGACUUUAUGAGUUUAUUGUUCGACAUUUCUUGGCUACUUGCUCCAAGGAUGCUCAAGGACAAGAGACCACAGUGACGAUUAAUAUUGCUGAUGAAAUGUUCACAGCCCAAGGCUUGAUGAUCACUGCCAGGAAUUAUCUGGAUGUAUACCCCUAUGACAGAUGGAAUGCUAAGACCAUUCCAGUGUACCAGGAGGGAGACUCUUUUCAGCCAAAUUCUAUAGAUAUGCUGUUCAGUGAAACCUCACCACCCCCAUUAUUGACAGAAGCUGACCUCAUUGCCUUAAUGGAAAAACACGGCAUAGGAACAGAUGCGACUCAUGCAGAGCACAUAGAGACAAUCAAAACAAGAAUGUACAUAGGGGUAAACAACGAUGGCCGUUUUGUUCCUGGUCAGCUGGGGAUGGGACUGGUCGAAGGGUAUGAUGCCAUGGGAUAUGAAAUGUCAAAGCCUCACCUGCGUGCUGAACUGGAGGCAGAUCUAAAAAGAAUAUGUGAAGGGAAAAAAGAUAAAAAUGUGGUGCUGACGCAACAAGUGGCCAAGUACCGGGAUGUGUUCAAAGUGGCGUGUGAGCAGGCCCUCAAGAUUGACCAGGCCCUGUCACAGUACCUGGGGGAGGCCAAGGAAAUCCCCGUGGGAGAGGAGCUAGAACGCCUGUCAGUUGUCCCUGUGAAGAAAUGUUCAAACUGUGGACUAGAGAUGACCUUGAAGACCAAAAAAUCAGGAGGGUUCUACAUAGGAUGCCAGGGUUAUCCCUCAUGUCGCUCUGCUAUCUGGUUCCCAGACUUUGUGUUAGAUGCCAGCGUUAGUGAUAUCAAGUGUGAAACUUGUCAAGCUCACCUGGUAAAUUUUAAGUUCAAGAUGGGGUCUGUUCCUCCCAUGCUGCCUUUAGAAUACGCUGGAUGUGUGGCGGGCUGUGAUGAAUUAUUGGCAGAGUCUCUUCAAAUCAACCAUUCAGCCCCACCCUCUAGCCAGAGACCCACACAACAGAUGAUGGGGGGUCACACCCGCCAGGAAUCCCAGCGAGUGCCCCUAGUGACCGUACAACCCUUCAACAGACAGACAGACAACCAGGAGUCCACAGGACAGGAAGUUGUGUGUAACUGUGGGACAAGUGCUCUUCUACUCACAGUUAAAAAAGACGGUCCUAAUCAAGGAAGGCAGUUCUACAAGUGUGGAGGUUCUGUAUGUAAUUUCUUCUUGUGGGCUGAUGAAUCCCAGAACAAUACUCUGAACAACAGUAGAGGACCCCCAGGGGGAGGCGGGGGAGUCAACAGUAGAGGACCCUUGGGGGGAGGUGGGGGAGUGCGAGGAGGGGGAGGAGACAGGUUUCAGAAUCCUGGCCCAGAGGUAACCUGUAACUGUGGAGGCCCUGCUCGCCUACUGAGAGUGACCAAAGAGGGUCCAAAUAAGGACCGAGAGUUCUAUUCCUGCUCCCUACCUAGAGGUCAAGGUUGUGAUUUCUUUCAGUGGGCAGAUGCUACAGAUGAAAAUGGUGACAGAAGUUUUAGAGGAGGUGGUGGGGGAGGACAACAAGGGAUAACAAAUAAUGGAAAUCAAGAGGUGAUGUGCAACUGUGGAACCCAGGCAAAGUUGUUGACAGUGAAUAAAGAAGGUCCCAACAAGGGGCGUACAUUUUACGCCUGUGCCAAUCCCAGAGAUCAAAGCUGUAACUUCUUCCAGUGGGGGGAUGUUACAAAUGACGAAAACCGAGGAGGAAACUUGAGUGGAGGAGGAGGGUAUCAAGGAACUCAUAGUGGUGGAGAUUCUGACAUCAUGUGUAAUUGUGGAAAUCCAGCCAAAAUGUUGACAGUGAAUAAAGAAGGUCCCAACAAGGGGCGUACAUUUUACGCUUGUGCCAAUCCCAGAGAACAAAGCUGCAACUUCUUCCAGUGGGCAGAUGUUACAAAUGAUGAGAACAGUGGAGGACAGUUUGGUGGGGGUGGCGGGGGAGGAGGGAGGUACCAAGGAACUCAAAGUGGUGGAGAUUCAGAUGUCAUGUGCAAUUGUGGCAAUCCAGCCAAAAUGUUAAUGGUGAAUAAAGAAGGUCCCAACAAGGGGCGUACAUUUUACGCCUGUGCCAAUCCCAGAGACCAAAGUUGUAAAUUUUUCCAGUGGGCAGAUGAAAGUUCUAGUGGAGGAAACACAAAUACAGGUAAUAUACUUAAAUAUUUAUACGAUUACUUAGAUAGUUUAAAUGUCAGAGAAUUGAGUUACCGGUGAUCAUUAUUGUUGAGUACACCAUUUCUAUGUUCUCCUCUUACAGGAGUCAGCAAAAAGAGAACACUGUCCAUGUUAGACAGCAGUGGUGUCACGCCCACCAAAAAGCGGGCAGCCAGGAAAUGUGGGCUCUGUGGAGAGGAAGUUAACCCUGCGUAUCGUGAUGACAGUCUACAACGUGACAGGGUAGCGGUAGACAUGGAGGGAAUACGAAUGGAAGAGCGUCGGGGAUCAGAUGGCUCUAGAGAAUACUGUCCAGAGGGAAGCACGCGUAGGAGGUGGGCUGCCACUGCUGAACCCAGGGAUACAGCUGACCUAAUUAAUGCCCUCCCCAGUCGACAACUUGAACAAAUUGCCAGUGGAGUGGCAGCCAAGGAGUCAAUCAGAAGGAGGAAGAGCAGCCGGAGGUCGAUUCAUGGCACGCUGCGUGCAGCCCGGGGGAAAGACGCCAAUGAAGUGGCCGACUCGUUCACUAGAAAUGAUGAUUACAUGGACGAGCUUGAUGGAGAGGCCAGGACCACAGAGACCCUCAGAAGAAUGGUCCUACCCAUGCAUGAUAAACUCUCUAUCAAAAGAACCACGUCAGAAACCAGGAAACAAAUGACCUUGAAGAGAGGUCAAACACACAAGAAAAUUGGAUGGUGGAAGAGGACAAAAUACAGCAUUGGAAUAUCUUGGAUGCAUUUCAAGCAUCGAAUGGCAGAGUUUGCCUACUCUCUGGAACUAUGGAGAAGUCACAUGAAAAAAAUUGAGGGGCAUUUUGGGACUGGGGUGACCUCUUACUUCCUCUUUUUGAAGUGGCUUUUCCUUCUGAACAUUCCUGUGUUUACUCUGACCCUCGGCUUUGUUGUGGUGCCCCAGAUUCUGUACAGAUACAACAUCAAGGUCCCCAGUGGAUAUGGAUUCUCGGUCAAUGAAACCUCUGUAUCCUUUACUGGAGAGGAACUGCUUACAGGGGGAAACUGGUUCAACAACACAGAGUUGUACUACGGAUUUUACACGGACCAGGUUAUUGAGAUUCCAGUGAAUUCUACAACGAGCUACAACAUGAAGUAUGCUUACCUGUUCACCUGUGGUGGUUACUACAUCCUCUGCCUCAUUACACUGGCCAUCAGUAUUUCACAAUCCUACAAAAUGAACUACAUUGAGGGUAGUGGGACCCACACAUUUUAUAAUGUCAGCAGAGUUUUCUGUGGAUGGGAUUACAACAUCACAGACAAAGCAGCAGCACGACUGAAGCACAAGAGCUUCUACAAUGAGAUGAAGGAGUACUUGUCUGGGAGCAAGAAGAAGAGUCAUAAAAAGAACAUGGAGGAGCGGUGUAAGCUGUUAUUCCUGCGAGUGUUAACCAACCUGCUGAUCCUCGGCUCCAUAGCCGGACUCUCCUAUCUGGUAUUCUGGAUAUCGGGCAGUGGCACCCUCAAGGGCUCAGUGUACAUUCUCAGUGAUCUGGCUCUCUCUCUAUGUGUGUCCGCAAUCUUCCUGGUCUUCCCACCCAUAUUCUCAAAGAUUGCACAGUUUGAAAAAUACGAGGAACCAAAGAAUGAACUGUACAUCAACAUGAUCAGAACCAUGUUGUUGAAGACGUGUGUGCUGGGGAUCCUGGUUUACUUCUGGUUCACAGACACAGCCAAAGAUAAGUACUCUUGCUGGGAGACCGCAGUCGGUAGCGAGAUUUACCGCCUUGUAUUGGUGGAUUUCUUUUUCAUCCUUGGAGCUACAUUUUUCCUUGAAUUUCUACGCAGAAUAUGUGGUCAGUAUUGCUGCAAUAAAGGCAAUGAGGAGCAGGAGGGACAGGCCAUGGGGCCAGAAUUUGACAUUGGCAGGAACACCCUGGAUCUGAUCUACUCCCAGGCCCUGUGCUGGCUUGGCACCUUUUAUUCUCCACUUUUAUCUCUGGUCAUGAUGGUCAAGUUAUUCAUUAUCUUCUAUGUCAAAAUGGUCAGUGUUCUACAAAAUUGCCAGCCCUCACUGCGGCCUUGGAGAGCUGCCAAGUCCCACACCAUAUUCAUGGGCUUCCUCUUCUUCUUCUUCCUAAUGGCGAUGGUAGCUGUGGCUGUAGGGGUCAUCAUAAUCGAGCCGAGUAAAGUGUGUGGUCCAUUCCGAGGGGAAGAGAAGGCCUACUCUAUAGUAACAAACCUGAUUGACAGCUGGAAAGGAGACCUGAAAGUUCUUCAUGACAUCAUCAACUUUAUCUCCAGUCCAGGAAGUAUUGCCAGUAUUCUGGUUGCCCUAUGUGUUGGGACAUACUACAUGAGGAUUGUGAUGAUUGGCCAUAAAGAGAUGGUGACUCUACUGAGACAACAGUUACAUAUGGAAGGGCGGGAUAAAGCCUACCUACUCCGAAUGUUACAAGAUGUCAGUCAGAAGAAGAAGGAGAAGCUGGGACCUUCCAAUGUCAACAGGCUGCUGUCUCCGACCUCCAACUCCACCCUAGAGGCCGGCCAGAGGACAGCUGGUCGCCGUGUGUUUGCAAGGACUGCCGCAGACACAGUGGCCUCUAUGGCGCCCGGCAACACCAGAAUGAGGAAUCUGAAUGGUGUGUUACGCUGAGCACGAGUUCAUCUGGCACAGACACAAAGGUUUCAGAAAUCCAGCGAUCGGCAUUCUCAUAUGAACCAUUGGUUGAUUGUUUUAGGUUUUGUUAUUCUUUGAUUACAAUUUUGUAUGGGUAAAUCAUUGGGUCCAAGUUUUACAGAUUUACAUGUAUAUAUACAUGUACCUAGGUAGUCAAUUUUGAUUUAUACUCUGAAUAUAUUCUGUGAUAGUUUUCUUAAUAAGUCUUACCAAGGCAAAACUACAUGUCUUAGGGCAUUGCUUUCCUGUCCUAAUUAAAGUGUUUCACCUGUACCAAACCUAUCUUUACUUAAGACAAAUAAUGAAUUAAGGAAUAAGAACAAUAUCGUUUGUAUAUUGAGAGAUGAUCGAUACAGUGACUUGUAUUAUUCCUUGUUUUCUGUACAAGAGCCAACAUGUUACAUGAUGCAUAAUAAACUUAAUGAUUACCAGUAUUCUGGUAUGCUUUCAAUGUUGUAUCAUACAAUUAAAUCUCAUUUUUCUUGUGUAUUGUUAUACCCACUUCAUAUGAAAGACUUUGACCAAAUCUACAAACCUCAGAAGGAUUUUGUGGUGCAUUAUUUAUUGCUAUUCAGAUUAAAUUGUGUUCUUUAACACAGUGCAAUGGUUUACAUAACAUAUGAUUGCUGCUAUAUGUUUUUCGUUGAAACAUAAUUCAUUUAAAUUCGUCUUGCUUGUUUGAUUAUGAAUAUAUAGCUUUCACUGAGCAGUGGGAGUUUCAUAAGAAAUGAAUUUGUAUUAAUUAAUUCUAUAAAUUACCGGUAAUUCAUGUUAGGUUAUGUAAUACAUGAUAGGUAUUUAUAUCAACUCUAUUGCCAUUUUGUUCAUUAACAUGCUUGUUAGAGUCAAAUAUUUGUUUAUGAUCAGAGAAAAGUAUUGUCAUUAAACUCUAUCUCAAAAAAAAAAAAAAAUCCCACAAAACAAAACAUUUUCUGCAUUCAAAAGCAUUAACCAAUUCUACUUUAAAUGAAUUCUGUUGUAACAAGAAUUAUUAUUAUUGGAAAGUUGUAAACAAUUCUUAUACAUGCAUGUAUUGUUUUCAGAUAUACAAAUAUAUAACUUUAUGUAUUGUUUUAAAUAAACAGAGAAACAUUG